AUGUCACUGUCCACAGAGCCACGGACAGAUAUUGAAAGUGAAGACUCCAGCAUGUCGUCUGUCCUUUUCAAUCCUGGAUCAGAUGCUGGUGUGAAUGGUAACGUUGCAAAGAUGGAGGACGCAAAAGUGGAAAUCGAUGAUGGGAAAGAGGAGGAUCUGGACCCAGACACUAUGUAUCACAAUAUCAGAAAGAAAAUCAGCCCAGUGGUCAUGUCAUUUGGAUUUCGUAUUUUCGGAGUGGUCCUGAUCGUAGUGGACAUUGUGCUGGUCAUUGUGGAUCUGUCGUUGCCGGCCAGGAGCAGAGAGCUGGGAAAUGCUCUGGAGGCCGUGUCUCUCGUGAUCUCUUUCUUCUUUCUCUUUGAUGUUAUGCUUCGGGUCUAUGUAGAAAGGUUUUCAGUGUAUUUUAGCUCCAGGCUGAACAUAGUGGAUGCUGUGGUUGUAGUGGUCACUUUAGUGGUCACAAUGAUCUACACCUUCUCUGACCUGUCAGGAGCCAGCCUCAUCCCCAGGGUGGUGGCUUUUCUACGUUUUUUGAGAAUAUUAAUUCUCGUGAGGGUUUUCCGAUUAGCAGCUCAGAAAAAGGAGCUGGAGAAAGUCACCAGGAGAAUGGUUUCAGAAAAUAAGAGACGCUACCAGAAAGAUGGGUUUGACCUUGAUCUCACUUACGUCACGGACCGUGUCAUUGCAAUGUCUUUCCCCUCUUCGGGCAAACAAUCCUUCUACAGAAAUCCCAUUAAGGAGGUGGCGAGAUUUCUAGACACUAAACAUGAAGGACACUAUAAAGUUUACAACCUGUGCAGUGAAAAGGGAUACGACCCACAAUUCUUUCAUUACAAAGUGGAGAGAAUUUUUAUUGACGACCACAAUGUACCUUCUUUGCAGGAUUUGCUGAAAUACACGGCCAGUGUAAGGGAGUGGAUGGCUGAAGAUCCAAAAAACAUCAUUGCUAUUCACUGUAAAGGGGGGAAAGGGCGCACAGGUACAAUGGUGUGCACUUGGCUGAUUGAUUGUGACCAGUUUGAGUCAGCUCAGGACAGUUUAGAGUUCUUUGGUGAAAGGAGAACAGACAAAAGUCGAAGCUGCAAGUUUCAAGGAGUAGAGACGCCAUCACAAAGCAGGUACGUGGGAUAUUAUGAAAUCAUGAAGACCACGUUCAACAGACAGCUCCCUCCUCCAAAGAGCCUCAGGAUCAAAAGCAUUCGGAUCCAUUCAAUAGCAGGCGUCGGUAAAGGCGAUGGCAGUGAUUUAAGAGUGAAGAUAAUAGUCAGAAAGGAGCUGGUGUUUGAAUGUGUGUGUGCCAAGCAGGAGAACUGUUGUGUAUUUCCUGACAUUGGAAGCAAUGCAGCCGUGAUCAGUUUACCGAAUGGGCCUGUGGUCGAUGGAGACGUCAAAGUCAUGUUUGAAUCAAGUGCUGGUCUUCCAAAAGGAUAUGAAGAUGUUCCAUUCUACUUUUGGUUUAAUACUUCGUUUAUAACCGAGAACAAGUUGUUUCUGUCCAGAGAGGAGCUGGACAACCCACACAAACCAAAGACUUGGAAUUUGUACAAAGAGGAUUUUGGUGUCACCAUGUAUUUCUCGGACCCUUAA